GCCACACAUAUCAUAUCAUCAAUCAAAAUGUCCAGCACACCCUCUAAAACCAAAGCAUCGCGCAUCAGCUCCGACGACCAAGUCCUAUUCCUCCUGAGCUGCAUCCGCAACGCUAUCGGAGGUGGUAAAGUGAGUUCCCAAUCCCCAUCAUUCCCUUCGAAGCACAUAUAUCCAGCGAAUCGAGUUAUACAUAGACAAAACAACCCAGCUAAAACCCCCCUCUCCACCAUAUAGAUCGACUUCGCCAACGUCGCCAAAGAAUGCGACAUCGUGACCAGAGGCGCCGCGUAAGUACCAACUUCCCCAUCUCCAGCCAAACAAAUAGCCCCUCUACUCCCUAUACAAAUCCUUCAGCAACCGAGAGGAAUCCAGAAAAGCUAACAAAAGGCCACGCAAUAAACAGCGCCAAACGCUACGAGCGUCUUCUCAAAGCGCACAAUAUCAACGCGGCAGGCGGGAGUACUCUUCCCACUACUCCCAACAAAAACAAUAACAACAAUGGAAACAAUGAGAACACUGAUGAAGACGAUGCUGAUGCUCCUGAGGCCGGUGGCGCCCGAGGAGCGGGCAGGGGUCGGAAGCGGAAGGGCUCGGCUGCUGCUGCGACCUCUGGCCGGAAGGGCAAGUCAAUCAGGACCUCUACGACGGAUGAGACGAAGCGCGAUAUGAUGAAGAAGAGGGCUGUUGCGAGUCCGCAUGCGAUGGUUGGGAUGGAGAACUCCGGGGAUGAGAUGGUCAAGGAGGAAGAUGUGGAUGAGGACGAAGAGGAUAUGAUGGCUGUCAAAGAGGAGGAGCAGGAUGAGGCGGACGCUGACUCUGAUGAGGAUGACGGGGAGUCGGUUGCUUAGAAUGACACGAUGGACCUUCAGGGGGGGUAGAGGCUAGGUUGGCGUUGGGCUUUUCAGGGACCCUUUCAUUUACUUUUGCGUUCUUGGGCUGUGUUGUCUUUUAUUUCGAUACUGCGUUAACGAGAAAAUUUGUCCUACUGGAUUUCUCUCUGCCUACUUGGUUGUUAUUCUGGCGGCACAUUUAUCUGCCCUUAGGUGUUGAUAUUGAGCGACAUGCUUUGGACUGCAUUGACCAUCUCACAAUUAAGGUUGGCUGCAUGCGAUUUUAUCGGAAUGGCUACGGAUAGUUUUCUUAUCUCAGGGGAGAGGAUAUUUGUGAU